CAGCGUGGGUUGCUCUGCAUUUACUCACUCAUAAAAUUAGAGCUGCCAGACUCUCACAUUUAGUAGGACAGUCAAAGUGUGAUGGUUCAACUUUCCUCAGCUGUUCACAUCUCACAACGAUCGAUUAAUGGAUAUUUUACCUUUACUUUGUAUUGUCUCUGUGGCUUUUAUAGGUUUAACCAAAGGAGCUGGUGUGUUGCCUGAUGUUCUGAAUAAAGCUGUGGGAGAGACGGCGAUGUUCACCACAACACUGACUCCGCCAGAGAAACCAUUCUUAUCUGUGGGCUGGACAUUUGAUGGAAAACCUAUAAUCACUUUCAGUGGUACAAACUUAACUGCACCAGAGUAUGAAGGCAGGAUCACCCUCUUCAUGUCUACUGGAUCUCUGGAGCUCAGAAAUGUGGCUCUAAAUGACAGUGGGGUAUACAGAGUUAGCAUUUUUCCAUCUGGAGAGCAACAGAAGACAGGUGAUACAAGACUGUACGUAGAUGAGCCAGUUUCCAAUGUAACAGCAACAGCCAGCAACACAGACUUGGUGGAGUUCAACAGCUCUGUCCGUCUGUCCUGCUCUGCCUCUGGAACCUCUCUGUCUUUCCAUUGGCUGAACGGCAGCUCUGAGGUUACAGAAGGUGACAGAGUUCAGCUCACUGAUGGAGGCGCCAAUCUCACUAUAUUAAACGUGACCCGCUACGACAAGGGACCAUUUAAGUGUAAUGUGUCCAAUCCUGUCAGUAAUGGCAUCAGUGAUCCAAUAAUCUUCAACAUCAGCUACGGCCCAGACAAUGUUACUUUGACAAUAUCUCCGUCAAAAGAAUACCACGCGGAAGGGUCAAACAUCAACCUGACAUGCUUGGCUGACUCCAAUCCUGCUGCCCAAUUUAAGUGGCUUCUGAAUGGAAGCCUGCUGUCUGAUACUGAACCACAGUUCAAACUGAUGAACAUUCAGGAGAGUCAAAGUGGGAACUACAGCUGUCAGGCCUUUAACAGCAAAACUCUGAGAUAUGAAUCAUCUCCACCUGCCACCAUCUCUGUACUGACACGUGUUGCCAAUGUUGUGGUAACUUCAGACCCACCAGACUUGGUGGAGUUCAACAGCACUGUCCGUCUGUCCUGCUCCGCCUCUGGGUCCUUUCUCUCUUUCCUCUGGCUGAACGGCAGCUCUGAGGUUACAGAAAGUGACAGAGUUCAGCUCACUGAUGGAGGCGCCAAUCUCACUAUAUUAAACGUGACCCGCUACGACCAGGGACCAUUCAGGUGUCGUGUGUUAAAUCCUGUCAGUAAUGGCACCAGUGAUCCAGUAAACCUCUCCAUCAGCUAUGGCCCCGACAAUAUUAAUGUGACAAUAUCUCCAUCACAAGAAUAUUAUGGCGAAGGGUCAGACAUCAGCUUGAUGUGCUCAGCUGUCUCCAGACCUCCUGCCCUGUUUCACUGGUUUCUGAAUGGAGUCCUGCUGUCUGAUACUGGACCAGAGCUCAGACUGAUGAACAUUCAGAUGAAUCACAGUGGUAACUACAGCUGUCAGGCCUUUAACAACAAAACUCUGAGAUAUCAGACAUCUCAGCCGUCAGUUGUCUCUGUACUGGAGAUAAUAUCAGGUGCUUCAGUUACGCCGUCAACAACCUUGCCGAUUGAAGGAAACUCAGUCAACUUGACCUGUGACGCUGCUGGCUUUGUCUUUACCAGAAAGUGGAUGAAGGAUGGCUCAGAUCUGAUCCUGUCUGACAUCAUAAUACUUUACGAUGAGAACAGAGUGCUGUCUUUUAAGAGCCUGACCAAAAAAGACAGUGGAGAAUAUUCCUGUACAGUCAGCAACCCCGUCAGCAGCGCUGAAGCUAAAUACUCCAUGGAGGUCAACUAUGGACCAGAAAAUGUUCAAAUCACAGGUCCAAGUCAGAUACGUCCGAAUGAGAACUUGACUUUAACCUGCUCUGCUGAGUCCAGACCACUUGCCACUUACACCUGGAUACUGAAUGGGACAAAGAUACACAAUUCUGCUGUGUUCACUAAAGACAACAUUCAACCCUCAGACAGUGGCAUCUACACCUGCGAAGCGAUGAAUGACGUAACUGGAAGAAAACUGUCUACAGACCAUGAACUGUCUGUAACAGUCAAACCACAUGACAAAGGAGGCUGUGGGGGUGGUUGCAUUGCUGGAAUAGUCAUUGCAGUUCUAGUCGUUCUUGCAGCAGCUGGAGGUGGAGGGUACUUCUUUUAUCAAAAAAAGAUACAGAAAAAAAACUCUACCAGCAGAACAGGAGUUGAAGGGCAGGAAAACACAGGAUUCUCAGGAGGUGAAGGGCAGGAAAACACAGGAUUCUCAGGAGGUGAAGGGCAGGAAAACACAGGAUUCUCAGGAAAUUCUAAGGAGCUCCAUUAUGUAGAGGUCAAGUUUGACAAGAUCAAAGGUGGGGCUGUCCAUCCUGGGCCACAGAAUGACACAUCAGAAUAUGUUGAGCUCCAAGUGAACAAAAGUCGUCCUAAACCGUCCUCACCUCCUUCCUAUGAUGACCAUUGGGAACGACAGAAGGGAACAGCUCCUCAGCCUCCCAAUGCCACACAAGUUCCCAGUUCAGGUUUGCGAGAAAGCAACCGCACUGGAUCUGAAGGAUCCUCUGAGGGGGUUAGACCAGAGAAUGGGGUCACAGAAUGUGAAGGAUCCUCUGAGGGGGUUAGACCAGAGAAUGGGAAGGAUUUAGGGUCACAGAAUGUGAAGGAUUCACAGAAUGUGAAGGAUCCUCUGAGGGGGUAGACCAGGGGCCAGAAGCAGCUGACUUGGUUUGUGAAAAAACCUGCACUCCUCUCUCAGUUCCUUUUAUAGGGGACUACUUUGGACUUGAGUUUAUUUAGUCAAAGCACUUUAGCAGCAGUUAAUAAUCAACCAGUCUGUGACAGUUAUUGCCGUGACUGAGGUCACACAGCACAAUGCUGGCCUAUUUGCUUUCAUUCACAUAUAACAGCUUUGUUUGUCUGUGCACAGUUAAUGCAAAGUGCGCAUAACAUGUGAGUGGAAAUUUUCUCUUUAUGUGAUUCAGUUGUUUGCUUGAGCAUAAUGUUUCACAUCGAUGUGGUGUCAUGUUUGACUCCUCGUGUGUACUGUGUGAUGCCAUUUGAGAUGACUGUUUUUCAAUUAUGGAUUCAUUUUUAUAUUUAUUUUACAUCAACAAAAUCAAAAAUAUUGGUUAUUUAGCAAUAUAUAAUUCACCUUUCACUGGUGUUUAUCAGGACAUGUGAACAUCUUGUUAAUCUGUCAGUACAGUAGUGAACUGUAAUGACCUACACGUAGCACUAAUGCAAAGAUUUGUUAUCAGUUGGUCCAAAGGAGCAGUUUAAAGAUCAAUACAGAUACACAUCUUUAUAAUUAAAUCCCACCAUGAUAAAGUUAAACUGUAUGAUGGCACAAGGGGAAGGUCUGCUGCCACAAUAUCCAAAACGCUUGCAUGAAAAUGAACAAGAGUUUUCUCUCCAGUUCUACUUGAGUGGUAGAAACAGUACUUGAUAGCCAAAGAUAAAGGAAACCACUCGAGUGGCUAUUAGAUGGUUAUCUACAGAUUUGUUGGUAUUAAAGUCCGUUCAACGGGCAUGCAGAAACUGUGACCUAAUGUGUCAAUAUGAACUGUAAGUGAUCAUCAGAGUUAUUCAGGACAAGUUUACGGUAAAUGUCAACAAAGGUUGCUAUGUGAUAAAAUUAUAUGGUGCUUUCUCUCCCUGUAAGGCCUGGAGCCAACAGGAAAGUAUUUCAGAGAAGUGAAACAUUGCAAGGUAAUGGAUGUAAGUUCCCCUCAACCCUGUACAUAACCAAACUUUUAUGUAGACAUUAGAAGUUGGGGACUGUAUCAUUAUUCUCAGGCAUUAAAUGCAGUAUGUUUGCACUGAUAGAGUUUCAUUUGUUGAUAGAGCAGAACACACUGUGUUUGAGGUUAAUAAAGUAGUUAUAAGAUGAUGGUAAUGCUGUGAGUGAGGAUUAAAUCAGUGUUACCUCAGAUUUUUCUUAAGUUAAUCCAAUGGGUUUGACACUGGACAGCUAACCAAUAAGCUGAAAGUCACUAUAACACUCUAUAAAGCCGAGGGAGGCUGCCAAUUCAGGUGAUAACUCUCUGUAGGGUCAUCAUCACCAAGGGCUGACCCCCCUUUCACAUCGUCACAGUGUUUUCAAAUUAUCAUAAAAUAGAUUGUUAGCAUGAAAAUAUUGAUUAUAGCUUUAAGUAGACCGAUAUAGAGCAGAUACAUUGUAAAUAUAUGAAAUAACAUGUAUGUUGAGUGAGUGUUUUUCUCAGUUGUAAGUAUCUAUUUACACAGUGAGUCAUUUGUCUUCAGUCAGAUCGAUGUCAUCAGACAAGUGACUCACGUUUUUUAAAACAAUUAUUGGUUCAGAACAAAUGAGAUGAAGAGAAUGAAGUCUCCCAACCCAGGCUGAUGAAUGAGUGAGUGUGUGGCUAGAAUCCCCCUCCCCCUUUAGUUACUCAUCAGCAAAGAUCAAACUCCCUGUGAGUUUUUCAUAUGAGUCAUUUCACCUGUGUUGUAAUGAAAUUUUGUAUUACAAACUUAACUUUCCCACACCUUACUGGUUACCUUAUGUUUUCCCCUUAAAGUUCAGUCAACUUACCCAUUCAUAUCGAUAAAAGUAGGGUAUUUUUGAUUAUAUUUUAAGGAAAAAAAUUAAUGGAUUGUAGUGCAUUAUGGUAUUUUUAAAAGAUAUUUUAGGGCUUGUUUGCCCUUAAUUGAUAGGAAAGUUGUUAGCGUAAAAAGGGGGAAAGAGGGGGGUGAUGACAUGCAGCAAAGGGCCAUAGGUUGGAAUCAGACCUGUGGCCUCUGCGGCAAGCACACAGCCUUUGUACAUGGGGCGCCUGUCCUACCAGGUGAGCUAAUGGGUGCCCCUGUAAGGGAAUUUUUAAUGGAUUAUAUGCACUAUUUAUGGGGUAAAAAAAAUAUGAAAACCAACACUUAAUUUAUACCUUAAAAGGCCUUAAGUUAUCAAUUAAUGUUUGAAUUAGAAGUGGUUUUCAUCGGUUUUAAGUUGUUGUUUUUUUACCACUUAAAUACAUUGUCUGUGCAUGUUAUCCAUUAAAAUCAUGUUCCCCUUAAAUUCUACUUAUUUUUUUCAAUAAUGUGCUUUCCAAAUUAAGGUGCAUGAAGGGGUUUUGGUUUUGCCCUUUCAAAUGAAUGGACAAAUUAAGGGAUCCCUUACCACACAUCUUAAUCUAAUGUUAAGGGCUUUUCUGUGUUUUAAAGGGCAAAUUAAGGAAUAAGUCUCAUACUUGUUUUGAUAGUGAAUUGUGUUAUGUCAGUAAUCUGUAAUGACCAAAGUUUUUUCUUAAAGUGCCGCAUGACUCAUUAGACUGAACGUGUGAUUAAUCUUUGACCAAAGAAAGAAGUUAAUGUAAAGUUCAGGUUGCAUUUGUAAUAAUUUAUUUUUCUCAUUCAGAUAAUUAAACUGUUUGAAUUUU